AUGGCAAUUGACCCAACUAGUGAGGCAUCGGCGAUAUGCAACGUCAGGAGAGGUACCCAUAACAAAUCAGCUACAGAACAAACCCCAAUGUCAUUGAUUCAAAAUAAAACUGGAUCAAAUUCAAAGUUUGAAACCAAACUGGAUCCAGAUGGACAAUCCACAUUGGAAGAUUCAAAUCAAAGGAGGAGAGCGAAGUGGUGGAGUAUACUAGAAGCAGGUAAAGGGCGCAAAAACACAACAUGCCCAGUCACUGUUCUGCAAGAUUUGAAUGAGGCUGUGCGUGGUCAAGCACUGAAAUUCACCGUUCGAGGAGGAAGCUCACCUGGGAUCUUCAUAGACACGCCAUUGGAUGUUGCAUUCGUAGAUAAACCUGCGUGUGCUUCAUCUCCCAAGUGGGUGGUGGUGUCUGAUAAUUUCCCAGGAAAAUGGGUGGGUAUUGGUAAUGCAAAUGACCAUCCAGGGAAACAAGUGAUAGACGGAGCUUUCAAGAUUCAAAAAUACUCCCUCAUUGAGGGUUACAAGCUCGUUUUCUGUCCCACCGUCGCUGCCACUCGACCUUGUUUCAACAUUGGGAGGCGUGAAGAUAGGUAUGGAAAUCGUCUCAUCCUCAUCAACGAGACUCGCUCUUAUUUCAUCUUUGAGGUUGCAUUUGACAAGGUUAAUUAG